CGCGUGCGCGUUGCGCCGGAAGGCCUACCUCGGCCCGGCGGCUGGUUGCCACGACGUCGACGAAGCCUCGCUCUCCCAUGGCCGGGACUCGCUGGGUGCUGGGCGCGCUGCUCCGCGGCUGCGGCUGUCAUUACAGCGCCUGCCGCCACACCGGCGCCGCGGCUUGCCUGCCGCCGCCGCUGCGGCCUACCUCUUCGUCGCCGGCUUCCGGCGCUUUCGGCCUUUGCGGCCGCCGACGCCUCCUGCUCUUGCUCGGGGCAGCCACGCAGAGCCGCGGGGUCGCCAGCACGGCCGGGCCGGUGCCCGGCUUCGGCACUUGGCGGGGGUCUUUGCUCACCCCGCCUCUCGCGGGCCGAUGCUACAGCCAGGAUCCCGAGUCAUCUUAUCAAGAGGGAUAUCACUUUCCCCCAGAAUACGAACUUUCUGUGGAAGAAGCAGAAGGACAGAGGGAAGUGCAUCUGAUUCGGGCCCAAGGCCUGCCGUAUGACUGCACUGAGGAAGAUGUUCUCAACUUUUUUUCAGGGAGCAAGAUCCGAAACGGGGUGGAAGGCAUCCAUUUCCUCCUGUACCGCGAUGGCAAGCGCAGGGGAGAUGCAAUAGUUGAGCUUGAAUCGGAGCACGACGUGAUGAAUGCCUUGAACAAACACCGGAAAUACCUGGGCCAGCGUUAUGUGGAAGUUUUUGAAAUACGUAAUAAGGACGUUGAUACCCUGAUGAGGAGCCUGAAGUUCCGUUCAGCGCCCGUAAACAACGACGGGGUGGUACGACUGCGAGGCUUGCCCUACCGUUGCACGGAAGUAGAUGUAACUGAGUUCUUUUCAGGUUUGACCGUGCAGGACAUAGUAUUCGUCUUUGACCACGACGGGAGGAGGAAAACGGGAGAGGCGUUUGUGCAGUUCGCCACACCGGAAAUGGCUAAUAAAGCUUUGUUGAAGCAUAAGGAAGAAAUUGGAAACCGCUACAUAGAAAUAUUCCCGAGCCAGAAAAGUGCCAUUCGAACACAUAACGACUUUUUCCGAUAUAAGAAGAUGAUGGCGUCUACGGUGCCAAAACCGUCUUCUGAAAACAUUUUUGAAGAAAACAAGUUGAGCGAGGUCUCGAAGCCCAGUCCGGUGUAUGAAAAUGAAACUAGAAGCGUUUUUUGCUCCCUUGAAGCCCGUGAGGAUCACAAUGGAAUAUAAUUCAUGUGGCCAUGCAACCGGAGAAGCAGAUGUACACUUUGAAACGCACACAGACGCAGUUGCGGCCAUGGCCAAGAACAACUUUAAAGUCCAGCAUAGUUAUAUUGAAUUGUUUCUGAAUUCAUCACCAAGCAGAAAAUAGAGCGGCCUACAAUAGGGGUAUAAUUCCCAAAGUUUAGAUAAGCUAAGAUGCUUUUCAUCUCUGCACGUUCCUAGAGCUGGACUAUUAUCCCCGUCGCCCCGAAUUGCCAUUCAAAGAAACUCCAGCGGCUGUGUCUGAAAAUCCUUACAAAACGGUUGUGCAGGCUCUUGUUUUACGUAAACCAACAUUAAAGUUGAACUCUACUUAA